GCCAGCCGUUCGGCAGGCUAGUUUCGCUUGCUCCUCUCUCCUCUGUGCCUGCAGCCGCCCUCCGAGCCCAUGUCUCUGCCUGUGGUACUGCCGGGCUCCUGCUGCCCCAUGACAGGCCUGUCAGCGGUGCCCGAGAUGGCGAGACCUGGCACAGCUACAGCUGCCGCGACCGUCGCCGCUCAGGACCCGUCGUUGCCGCCUCCCCUCCGGCCCCGCUGGUCCCGUUCCGGCUUGCAGCAGCCGCGGCCUCGCCCAGCCGCUCUUUCCCCUGCGGCCUCCCGCCGAGCCGGGUCGUCUGUCACUGCGGGGCCGGGGCUGCUGCUGGCCAGACCUUUGCUGUCCCUGGGGCUGCUGCAGCUGAUUUUGGGCUGCUGCAUGGUAGCGCUGAGUUUUGGGGCGCUGUCCCUCAGCGGCUCCCCGGUGGUGAAGAAUGCCUGCCCCUUCUGGGCUGGCUCCUCGGUGAUUUUAUCAGGGAUUAUAGGAUUAACAACAUGGAAGAGACCAAUGAUACUUUUGGUUAAUUUAUUUGUUUUGCUUUCUGUUAUCUGCAUUCUUUUGAACCUGGCUGGAUUUAUCCUUGGAUGUCAAGGUGCUCAGUUUGUAUCCAGUGUACCUAGAUGCAUUCUGGCUGAUGUGGAUGAAAGUAAGUUUUGUUUCUGCUGUGAAGAAUUUCUGCCAGUAAAAUGCACAGAGAAAGAAAAUGCACUGAAGCUGUAUCCUGUCCAGUCAUGCAGUGCUGUUCACCUUCUCCUCAAGAAAGUUCUCUUUGCUCUCUGUGCUCUGAAUGCCUUGACCACAACUGUGUGUUUAGUAGCAGCUGCCCUACGUUACCUGCAGAUAUUUGCAAGAAGAAGAACCAGCUCGGAAGAAUCCCAAGUUUAUGUGGAGGAAGUUGAAGAACAAAGCCACAUUUCUGAUCCUGAGGAUUUCGUGCCGCCUGUACCACCUCCAUCAUAUUUUGCUACAUUUUACUCCUGUACUCCUAGGAUGAAUCACAGGAUGCUGGGUUCAGAUAUCAUUCCACUACCACAUAUUUAUGGAGCCAGAAUUAAAGGAGUUGAGAUUUUCUGCCCCCUUGAUCCCCCACCACCUUAUGAAGCUGUGGUGAGCCAGAUCAGUCAUGAGCAGGAAAGCACAUUUCAAGUUACAGAAACAGUUAGUGGUCCAGCAGGUCAAAAUGAUACACAAUUACCCCCAGAUGAUGUCCAUUCUAGAGACAUCACUAUACAUCCAAAUUUGAGUUCAGCAUCUGUAGAAACCUACAAGAGACCUCUGAAACCUCUUAGAAAACGAUCAAAAAGUGACCCUGUGCUGCAUGGCUUUUCAUCCAGAGGUCCAGUGCUAAGCUGUGAAGCUGCCACACAAACAGAAUUAAAGUCAGAGUUGGCUACUGUUGUUUUACGAAAGAGUCUGAGAGCAAAGGCUUUGCGCUUGAGGCCUCGAUCUUUGAUAGACUACAAAUCUUAUAUAGACACUAAGCUGCUUGUGGCAAAGUUCCUUGAGCAGUCUUCCUGCAGCAUGACCCCUGAUAUACAUGAACUAGUGGAAGACAUAAAGUCAGUUUUAAAGUCAGAUGAAGAGCACAUGGAGGAAGCCAUCACCAGUGCCAGUUUCCUUGAACAGGUGAUGGCACCUGCUUAUCCAUCUACAUCAAGAGCACAUACUUUGCCUUUCAGAAGGCAUCCAGGACUCCUGCACUUGGAAAGCUGUGGGGAUGUGAGCACUUUCACUGCAGCAGAAUUUCAGCUGAGAAAGCAGAGGAUGCCAAGGACAGAGCAUGAACGGCCUCAUAGCCUCAUUGGAGUUGUGCGGGAAACAGUGCUCUGAGCUUGAAUAUGUGAUCCUUCCUGUUUGAUAAAAUGGACAGACCAGGAACACACCUUAUGAAAAUGCAAGUUGAUGGGAGAGCAGUGUGCUUUAUACUUAGUGCUGCUUUUUGAAUCAGUUCUUGAAACCACUAGAGGAACUCUAUAAAAACCACUGUGUUUGACUUCAAAGUGGUUGUCUUAAAACGGCAAUAUUCAAGUGCAAUUUGUUUAUUUGAGGUGGAUUUCUUAUUUUGAGAUACAGUGAAGAAUCAAGGUUGUGUGCACAUUAAUCUUUCUGGAAGCAAUUCUUUCUCCUUAAUGUAUAUUAUACAGCAAGUGUCUCGAAUGUCUGUGGCUUCCUUUUCAGUGAAUAACUACAAAUAUAUUUUGGUGUCUUUGGAAGAAUAUAAGAUAAAUUUAUAUUUCUAAUCUAA